UCAGAAGUGCAACCGUCACAAAAUUUAAAUUUCGACAAAGAAAAUCGAGAACAUCCACCGACCAACCGGGAAAAUAAAGAAUACUCGGACCAACCAUGAGCCAAGAUAAUCCCACAAGCGAUCUCGAAAACGGUGGCAACACCUUUGCCAUCGAAGACGAUGACGAAUGCGUCAUUGAAGACGACGAUGACGACGAAGAAUUCGACGACGAAGAGGCUCGUCGCACCGCCAUCAAAGAAAUUUUGGGUGGUACUGAAGAUUCUGCAGACGACUACAGUCACGACCAACUCCCUUCCGUGGAGGAAGUCAAGGCUUCCAGCGCCUACCUUCCUACGGCGAUCCUACUUGCCAAGAAUCACCGACGCAAGCUGUACAUGGCGAUGGCCGGUGCUGCAGUUGUUGCAGUGCUUCUUAGUGUCAUUAUUUCUGUCGGAGUCUCCUCUAAAUCCUCCAAGUCUUCAAAGGCAAUGUCAAUCAAUCAAGAAGACUUUGAAAAUAGACUACAAGAAAUCAUUGACACUUUGGCACCCAGUGUUUCGAAGUUGCCAGAAAUGAUGCACCCCGAAUCUCCUCAGUAUCACGCGGCCCAGUUUCUUGCAGUAGGAGACGAAAAGCACCUGGAUUUCAACGGGAAGGACGGAUGGAGAACUACCCAGCGGUACAUUCUCGCUGUUUUGUUUUAUUCCAUGAAUGGCAUGUCGUGGGACGACAGUUUCAACUUCAUGAGCACCAGAGAUCAUUGCGACUGGAACAAGGAGUUCAACACUCCCCGCGGACGUAUCCUCAAGGGUGUCCAGUGUGACGAUAGAGGCAGCGUUGUCGAUCUCGAUUUGUGUGAGUUCCUAUCCAAGAUAGUGACCGGAUGCGAGCUGAUGCGUCAUUAGGUCUGUUUCCUUUUUUGAUCGCACCAUUCAUCCCCGCUUCUAACAAUCCCAAAAUACCUCUUUUUUGUUUUUCCGCUCUUCUAUUUUUCCAGCCAACAACAAUCUGGUCGGAAAGCAAAUUCCUGAAGAGAUUACCUUCUUGUCAGAUUUGGAACGACUUCAUCUUCAUGCAAACAUCAUUGGUGGAGCCAUGCCUCAACUGAAUUCCUUUCACAAACUCAAGUCUCUUGGAUUGCACGAUCUCGAUCUGCACGGCAGCAUCCCGUCCUAUAUUGGAGAUAUGACAGGACUCACAACCCUAGCUUUCAGUCAAAACAAACUUACCGGCUCGAUCCCUACGUCUUUUAAACAACUGACCGACUUGCGCAUUCUGGGAUUGGACGGAAACUUUCUGGACGGAAAGAUCUUUCCCCUGCUGAAACUCAACAAACUCGAGGCCCUGUACCUCGAGGACAACAACCUGAGUGGAGAAAUCUACCAAUGUGAUUGGCCUUCAAUGAGAGAACUCGAUCUUUCCAACAACAUCCUCGAUGGCCGCAUUCCGGAGAGGAUUUUUGACAACAAGCAUCUGUACGUGUUUGACAUCAACCGCAACAUGUUCUUCGGUGACUUUCCCCAACAAAUCCAGCAAAACGAUAAACUCGAGUACCUUUCUGUCUACGGGAAUUCGUUGUCCGGGAAAGUCAGCGAUCACAUCGGAUUCUUGCCCAACCUUAGGCACCUGGACCUUGCGUCCAACCGUUUUUCCGGAACCCUUCCCGACACCAUUCAGCUGCUGACCAACUUGGUGUCUCUCAGCACCAGUGGCAACAAUUUCGACGCAAAGGAAUUGCAAAACAUCAACUUUCCGCUCCUUACGAACCUCCAGGACCUGUCCAUGAAGGGCAACAACUUGAUGGGAACCCUCCCGGAUCAUUUUGCCGUCUUGAGCAACCUCCGAAUGCUCGAUCUGGACGGAAACGACCUGAGCGGAACCAUUUCCUCGUACUACGGGACCAUGAGCGAGCUGGCCAUCCUUCAGCUCAACCGCAACGAGCUGACGGGAACGAUUCCCUCCGAACUCCAGUACAUGCCCAAGCUGAAGAUAUUGUUGCUGGACGGAAACAAUCUCCACGGCAAAACCAACGACAUCUGCGCCGCCAACGGGAGCACCAUGGCGCACUUCACCACGGACUGCUACCCCGGUUUGAACAACAAGGCGCCCGAGGUCGAUUGCCGGUGCUGCACCCUGUGCUGCAACGACGAGAACACCGAUUGCAACAACAAGGACUGGACGGCGAACUACGAUCCAAAGUCCAGGUACGGGUACAUUCGACCGGCGUACGAAUUCAGCCUGGACACCGCCAAGGAGGGGUGGUUCAAAGAGAAAUUAUUGGAGGCCACCAAUGGGGAUCUCUCGAGCCUGCCCUCGCAAACCAACAUUGUUAGUUUUUAAUGGUCCGGGCCAGAGAGACGGGGCCCGUUGGUCGAGCCUUCCUACAUCGCAAUCAUUGGACUUGUUGCACGCCGUGCGCUUGCUUGCACCACGAGAGAGUGCCGGAAGAGACCCGGCAGCAUGGUGUGUUGCAGCACAGAGCGUUUCCGAAUACUUUUCCGUAUUUCAUAAUUUGUAAAAUAGCAUCUAUUUUUCCAUGAUCACCGGGCAGGCCCACGAAAUAGAAAACCGAAGCAGCA